GCAAAAUCAUGGAAACUGGUUAUUUUACAAAACCUUCAAUAGGAAAGAGCAAGGCGCAGCAAUUACUAAAAUCAUAUUGCUUUCUGAAAAUCUUACAAUUUCUUACACCGCAAGAAAUAGUAGUGCUUCAGAUAUUAAACCGAAGGUUCUACGAUGACAUAAUUCCUUUGGCAAUCAAGCAAAUUGAUAUUUGAAGGUCUCCUUGUCAAGGAGCUGUGAUGUUGAUUAAAGACAAAAUAAUGAUCGUUGAGCUUCCGCACAUCAGACUGAUACAAUUGAGUGGCGCCUGGAAGUUAAGCAUGUUUGACCAAGGCACUAGUGUAUGUGUGAACAAUAAAGGAAAUGAAGUAUGGCUCAGCUCUGGAUUCCCAAUCUCCCAGACCAGACUUGACAAGGAAGAACAUAACAAUUAAAAUCUUUGGAAAACUUUAUAAAAUUGAUAUAUUCAAAGUUCCAUAUUUAGCAGAGGAAAGAGAGUCUAUGGAUAUACCAAGAUAUGGACAUGCCCUGAUUCAUCAUAAAAAUAUGAUCUUUGCCAUUGGAGGUAGUGACAAUUUGAGUGCGUUGAAAACUGUAGAAGUUUACUUUCCAUCCAAAGAUUACUGGGAAAAAAUCGAACCGCUUCAGACAGCCCGAGAAGACGUCACUGGAUGAGUUGCUAACGAAAGAAUCUACAUAUUCUCAGUCAAUCUUCUACACUCAGAAUCAAACACCAUAGAAUACCUUGAUAUCAGCAUAAUAUACAAUUCCUGGGUUCAGAUAUCUUUAAAACUAAACAACGUGUCAUUCCCAAAGACUGUUAGUUGCUGCUACCACCAAAAAUCCGAUGAGAUCCUAAUCCUCGAGCCCAAAACCCGCCGCCUGUGGGAACUCCCACUCUCUUCAGACUUCACCGCCUUCAGGCUCAACAUAAAAUCUCCUUUGCUUCAAAAAUUCCUUCAGGUGGUAGAGACUGAACUUCCUGGAGUUUUUUAA